AGGUUUGCAAAAGAAGCGAUCUCUUCCCUAACAAUCUUCUUCUUCUUCCUCUUUGCUCUCUCUCUUUUCGCUUCUGGAGACUCCUUUUCGUGUACGAUUCGAUUUGCACCAACGGAAUUUGGUUUUACUUGAACUCACUUACAGUUAGAUAUGAGGUCUGGUGCGCGUAACGGAAGUUCCGGAACCUUGAAGUUUCUCUGUAGUUAUGGCGGCAAGAUUCUUCCUCGUCAAACCGAUGGUAAACUCCGUUACGUUGGUGGUCUUACCAGAGUUCUAGCUGUCGAGCGCUCUGUUUCGUUUUCUGAAUUAAUGGUGAAGCUUGGAGAAUUCUGUGGUUCUUCCGUUACAUUGAAGUGUCAAUUGCCGGGAGGUGAUUUGGAAACGUUGAUUUCUGUUAGAUCCGACGAAGAUUUGGCUAAUAUCGUGGAGGAAUACGAUCGUGCUUCUUCCUCGUUGUCUCAUCCUCUUAAAAUCAGAGCCAUUCUUUCGCCUCCAAAAUCUCUCAAGCAAAUUUCUCCUCCGUCAAGUGUGGAUUCUACUCUUCCUAAUUCUCCUUGCUACGGCGCUGAUUCACUUCCGAGCUCACCGCAAUACGGAAACAGCGAGCGGAUCUCUUCUCCUUCGUACAGAUUCAUCCGUCGGAUUCCUUCGCCUCCUAGUAAAUACUUCGUCGGACCAAGGAAUUGCCACGGAAGAACUUGUUGCCAUGGGAGCCCUAGGUUUUUGUACUCCGGCCCCAACUGCACCCACUGGAACUGAGAUUUAAAAAAAUCCCUAAACUCAAGGCGAGGACUCCGCAUAUAAAAAAGUACAAACCCUAGGUUAUUAGACGAUGACGACGAAAAAAACAGAACAAAAUAGAUUCAGUUUUGGCUUGUGAUUAAUUGAUUGAUUGUUUGAAUAUAGCUUUUAAAAACUUUCGAAUUAAUUCA